AUUUUCCCGCCAUUUCCCCCAAUUCCUCUUUCUCUCUGCCGCCUGCUCAACGAUUCGACACUCCGAUUGUUCAAUUCUUGUAUUGUAUGCUGCAAUUUUUUUAUCGGAAUUCAGCGAUUAGGAUUUUCAGCUGUUUUUUUCGCUCCUUGGCUCCAGUAAUUAUAGAUAGGAAAAGCUGAAUUGUUCUGGAAAUGGUGAGAGAAGAAGCUGAGAAUACUAGGGAAGACAUGGUAAUCGACGGAGUGGAAAACGGGCACAAGCCAAACUAUGAAGGAUUCAACUCUAACUAUCUCAGGACUUACUAUGAUAAUUUUUUUCCAUUUGCUGAGAUGUUCAAAUGGAUGUCGUAUGGAAAUGAUGGAAAACAUCCAGGAUGUGAUGCAUCUUACUUUGGGAGAAGAGAGUUUUCAUUCACCUUAGAAAAUGAUAUCUACGUGCGGUUUCAGUCUUUCAAAGAAGUAGACGAUCUUAAAACGGCCAUCACGCGUCAAUGUCCUUUUAAAAUUGAUAUUGGUCCCGUGUACAGUGUGGAUCCUAUGAAAAGAAGUGCAUAUGCGCAGUCUGGUGAUAAUGUUUUCAGACCAGUGGAGAGGGAACUUGUAUUUGAUAUUGAUAUAUCAGAUUAUGACGAUGUCAGAUUUUGCUGCAAGGGAGCUGAUGUUUGUUCGGCAUGUUGGCCACUGAUGACAGUAGCCAUUAAAAUAAUUGAUACUGCGCUUAGAGAGGACUUUGGAUUCAACCACAUUUUAUGGGUAUAUAGUGGACGUCGUGGUGUGCAUUGCUGGGUUUGUGACGGAAAAGCGAGAAGGUUGGAUGAUGGACAAAGGGCUGCUAUAGUUAAUUAUUUACAUAUCCAUAAGGGAAAUGAACACAGCAUUAAAAAAGUUACCCUAGUUGGGCAGACGUUUCAUCCUUUCAUAGGGAGAUCUGCUGAAGUUGUGAAGGAUUUUUUUGAGGAAAAGUUUGUUUCGAGUCAAAAUUUAUUUUCAGAUGAAGAUAGAUAUGAAAAGAUACUGGAAAUGAUUCCAGAUGAAUCCAUUACUUCUGAGCUUCGGGGGAAGUGGCAGGAUGAUAAGAAACGCGCACGUGAUGAUAUCAAUGUUGUUCGAUGGGGUCAACUGAAACAUCUUUUGCAAUCAGGAAAACAGAAGAUGCUGGGUGUCCGUAGGUGUGUUGAAGAAAUUAUGUUUACCUUCACCUAUCCAAGACUUGAUUUGGAGGUCUCAAAACACAUGAAUCACUUGCUGAAGGCACCUUUCUGCAUACACCCGAAAACAGGCCGUGUUUGUGUUCCAAUUGAUCCUAAGCACUGUGAAGAUUUUGAUCCUUCUUCCGUGCCAACCCUUUCCAGGCUUCUGGAAGAACUUAACAUGCGGCCUCUAGGAAGUGGGGGUGAGAUAAAUUUGGAAAAUACCUCACUUGGCGAAUCAUACAGAUAUUUCAAGUCAUCUUUUUUGCAACCUCUGCUAAAGUCCUGCAAGGAAGAUAUUGAAAAUGCUCAUGCUGCUAAAGUUCAGCAGCAGUCGAGCAAUUCCCUAAGCUGGUAGAGAAGACUAGAAAGGCCUACAUUUGUGUCUUUACAUUAAUGCCAUCAAUCAAUGUCUGUUUUUGGCAGUUUAUGAUUUUAUACAACAUUGAACUCAACCAGUAAUGUCUUUUCAACUCAAUUCUCCAACUAAUAUCCCAUGCAUUUCUAGGAUAUUCUUUUUUU